CCGAAGUAAUUUUGCCUACCAUUCUGCCUAACCUACCUGUUGUUACCGGUUCUCCCAUGUUAAGGCGAUGACUGAAUUUGCAUUAUCCCGAUAUCUAGCGCAUUACUUCAGGCAGUAAAACAACUUGACCAACUUAGAUAGUAUAGAAAUAAAGGGGUUCGCGAGCUUACCGAAUGUAGCUGACACAUAUGUCGAUGCCAUCCCCGAGAUUUUCUGGAUACGGUUCAUUUUCCGAUUUCAUUGCUACGGAUCCUGAACUGUCAAUAUAUAGGUCAUUCCUGACGCUCAACUCGCGAAACCUCCUAUACCAGCAAUCGGAACUCUUAUCAUUAGAGAAGAGGCUUCAAGAAUUCGACGAAUGCGAUAACAAGGAAUCCAACUUUGACCGUCUCUUGUCGUCAAAAUGCUGGGAGACCUUCGCGGCAAGGGCGGCGGAGGAUAGGCCCCGCGAGGCGGAACGGAUGGAGUUGAUUAAGGAUAUGCAAACGAAGCUCAAAGCGUAUCAUGAGGCACUCCUAUUACAAAACCAAAUAUUAAAAUUAUCGGCACCCGGCCGUCGAGCAUUCGGAGCUUUCCGUGGCUGGUUUGAUAACGAACGGCCGUUUGUCGGAUACGGGGAAGAUUUGUUGAGGAAUCCAAAUGACUUCGUAGCCCUUCAGACAUCCACAGAUCAGGACUUUUUAUCAAGUACACUUCAAGACCUGGGCGGAAGAAUAUUCCCUGGCGUUCGGCACGAGACCACACCCGGAAUCAAAUACUACUCUGCGAAAUACGUCUCGCGUCUGGUAACCGCUGUUACGGUGUUCUUGGCCUCUCUGGUGAUAAACGGUGCCAUCGUCGCCCUUUACGUGGUGAAGGAUGAGAAUGUUAAGUUGGGUAUGAUCACAGUUUUCACGAGUCCCUUCGCAACUAGUCUAGCAGUGCUGACGGAUGGGCGGAGGACGGAUAUUAUACUGGCUACAGCGGCUUGUGCGGCGGUGUUGGUAGUUUUUGUUUCUACGAGCGGAAGUGGCUGAAGAGCGAAAGAGGAGAUUGGGAUUUUC